AUGGAAGAUUGUUACUCUCAGAACAAGUAUAAUGUCACCACAUACAAUGUCUUGGCAAUGGCCAUCCUCUCCCUGCAGACAUUUGCUGGCAUGUGGAUAAAUGCUUUCAUGGUUUCUGUGCUUUGCAUUGCUUGGGUCAGAAAGAAAAGCUCCAACUCCAAUGAGAAGAUCUUGCUCUUUCUGGGAUGGACCCGGUUCUGGUAUCUGUGCAUCGCAUGGGUCUGUUCCAUUAUUGAAAAUAUUUACCCUUGGUGCAUUUAUGUUCGACCUGUACCCCAACUAAUUUUAGCCUUUCAGACCUUUUUCAGUUGUUCCAGCCUGUGGGUUUCUGCCUUCCUUUCUGUUUUUUACUGCAUAAAAAUUGCAAAUUUCCAGCACAGCUUCUUCAGCCACCUGAAAGUGAAAAUUGACAGGAUUGUGCCAUGGGUGCUCUUGGGUUCUGUGCUUUUAUCCUUGGGCAUGGGGAUCCUGCUCUACAAAGCCAUUGAUGAAGCAGUCUGUGACAACAUCAACUGCACCACCACAGGGAAUUUCUGGAAACUGAACAUCAACGUUCAUCAGCAUUUUUUCCCUGUUUAUUUUAUCACUGGCUUUGAAUACGCCAUUGCAUUCACAGCAGUCAUCUCUUCUGCCCUUCUCCUCCUCUUUUCUCUCUGGAGACACAAACACAAGAUGCAGAUGAAGUCACUGAAGAACGUCAGCAUGGAUGCCCACAUCAAAGCCAUGAAAUCUAUUCUGUGCUUUCUCUUCCUUUACAUAAUUAACUUUAUAUGUUUGUUUUUCAAUAUGAUUUAUUUCACAGAGAAGGGAAAUGCUUUGACGCUUCUCACUGUAGUAUUACAGGAUACUUCUCCAACUGUUUAUUGCCUCAUCCUGAUUUUCAGCAAUCCCAAACUGAAAAAGACGCUGCUAAGGACCCUGUCCUGUGUGAAGUGCAAGAUUUGUAUGAGGCAGAAUAUGUCAUAA